UACCUCGAGUUGUCGAUUCCUCUCGUGGACUUAUGUCAUCCCUACCUUAUCAUCACAUGAUAUAAACCGAUAAGGGUCUAUUUAUGGUAAGAGCGAAUGUACCUGAACUGAGCACAACAACCCUACGAAAUAUUCGCGAUUUUCCAUAAUACCACGCGCUACUUGCCAUGCCAACCCAUAUAUCCGUCGCCGUCUACCGGGGCGACCCAAUCGACUACGCCAUGUACAGACAUACAGCGCUUCACUUCACUUUUCCCGAUGGGCAACAAAGCGCAAUGCAUGUAGUCGGUGCACCGAGCAUGUUCGACUUUGAAGAAGCAGAAGGCAUAGACCCAACCAAGGUCACAGGUCUUGCGGGUCUCAUCUAUGUCGCAAGUGUACCAGAUGUCAUUGAAAGGGCUUCGAUCAAAGAUGCUUGCGUCCGUACACCUGUGCGGAAUGAUCGUGAGCAUCGGGAUUGGAAUUGUCAGAACUGGGUUGGAGAGGCUUUGAUGGAGUUGGUAGAGAUUGGGUGUUUGACUGAAGGGGAACGGUCAGCGGCUCUUGAUAAAAUGAUGGAUAUUUGUCUUGAGGCUGCAGAUGAGGACCUGGAGUAAUGGUUCACGAGUUACGACUAGAUGAAAGCUACGAUUUAUAAUCCCAUGCAAAUAAUGCCGAGCAGCAGUGUUUUGAUAUAGCAGCUGUAAUCAUGUCAUGAACUUUUGAUUCUGUUAGAUUUGGGAAACAAAAAUGAAGUAUGUGAAUUGAAGAAAAUAAAAAGCCACCUUCAGCUCCAUCUGCGCCUUGCUUGCCGAUAAAUU